UCGGUCUUUAGUGCGGAUAUUUUUUUUCGUGGUUCUGUAUCAUUAAUAGAACAUAAAUCUACAAACAGUUCUAUACAUUUUAUGUAAUAUUUUUUUUUCAAUUUAUGUCUCAGAAAUAACAAAAUAAUGGACACAUUACCAAACAAACUGCGCAACUGCUGGCGGCACUUUGCAAGACGCCGACAAAGAAAUACCGGCCGUAGGCAUAUCGCUUCGGCUUCGGCUGACGGGGGCGGCAGAGGUGAGGGGAUCGAAAAAUCCCUGAGGACGCCUACCGAAUUGCCGAUGGGCGACCAGUGACAGACAAUCUGCCAUCGCGUGCGCAUUUAAGUUACCUAAUUAAUAAAUCGCAUGUGCAAGCCACUAUGUCGGGAUUUUCAAAUCGCGAAUAUUACGAAAUGAUGCGACUGUAUUGUGUUCCUAGGCUACGAGCCCAAGAAAUCCUGAACCCCGCAGUGCCUAAUGUGAGGAACAAGUGUUUUAAAUAAACUAAUUUAUUAAAACGUGUUCGGUUGUGCCUUGAAAGGAAUGGACUUCAUUUCGAACAAUUGUUAAAAUACAGUGAUUAACAUUUUAAAAUUAACAAAAACAAACUUAGUCAACCUCUAGCUUUGCUGCUAAAACAAUGUCCCCUGCUAGACGAGAUAGCUCUGUACGACAUCUGCGCCACAUGCGGCCAGGGUAUGGAGCUCAGCCACGUCGACACCAAGUGCAAAGUCUCCUCGUUUUCUGGCCGACACAUGCUCUGUGAUGCUCUUAAGGGUUCAAAGAUCGUCAUUAUAGUCGCAAGGAACAACUGUGACACUUUUGAAAACAAUGCUCCCAUCAUAACGGAAAUCACUCUCCAGAUUUGCAACACCUGUCCAACGGCUUUCACCAUAGUAGCAACAGAGCCCGUAGAGAGUAUGGUGCCCAUAGUGAGCGAGAUACAGCGUCUGCGCGCCUCCUACAACCCGCGCAAGUUACUGGGCUGCGUGGAGCUAAACUGCGUGCGCGCCAACAGCGUGCUGGCGGACUUCCUGCGCGCGCCGCCCGAGGCUGUCCGCGUGCCCGUCGUCGGCGGUGCCACUCCGCAGACUAUGGUGCCGGUGCUGUCCGCUGCCGUGCACCCGUGCAAGAUAUCACAGGAACAGACUGAAUGUGUAACAUCGUGCAUCAUGGGCGGCACGGAGGCGGUGUGCGAGGCGAAGGGGUGCGCGACGGCGACGCCCUGCCUGGCCGGCGCCUACGCCGUGGCACGCACCACCAUCAACGUGGUGAAGGGGCUACAGGGGCGCAAGGACGUCAUACAGUGCGCGUACGUCGACAGCCUGGGAACUUGCGCGCCUAACUGUCAGUUCUUCGCUAGCGAGGUAGUAUUAGGCCCGUCUGGAAUCGAAAGGAACUUGGGUAUUCCAGAGUUGUCGAAGUUUGAAUGUUGUCUUCUGUGCAACUGCUUGCCGUAUGUGAGGAAUGAAAUCGCUCGAGCAAUAUGGCUGGUGUACACAAUGUGCCAACAAUGCUGCUCCCCCACGUGUGUGGCACAUCCCGGCACGUGCUUCACGCCGCCCACCGUGCCGUGCGUGCCGCCCACCAACUGGACGUGCGACUUCCCCGACCCCUGUCGAGACGAGUAUCUCGCCUCAAUAUGCCGCGAGAUGACCUGCAUGUGCGGUUCUACGGAGCUGUGCUGGAGGCCGCGCGACGUAGAGUUUGACGCCAACCGCGCACUUAACCUCACUCACCAGAUGCCUAUGAAGAGUCCAGCUUGUAGCACGUGCAAUGUGCCCAAGAGUGUUCGAAUCGAGCAGAUCUAUAGGGAUCGUGUCAAAGAAUCGUGACCGCACAGAUUUAUACCACAAUUAUUCAUUGCAAUUUACAAGCUGUCACGUUCUUUAUCGACUGUUUAGGCUGUGUUCAGAUGACAAACAUCUAACGCGCGAUUUAUUGUUGCGCGUUUGGAUAUAGACUCGUACUAUAAUUGUAUACAUACUGUCAAAAACAAAACGCGCGUCACAGCAGGUAUCUAGUCUAAACAGUAGAAGUCAAUUUAUUCCGGGAAGUGCGUUUGGCUUUCGAUGAAGUGAUGAGAUGACCCACCUAGCGUGUUUGUGAAUAAACUGAAGAUUCGUUUCGUUUUGUAUAAUAUGUAGUCUGUUAUUUAGUUAAUGAGCAGUACUUCAAAACAACGCGCUGUUUUUAAAUUGUCUAAUAAGAAAUACCAGUAAAAUCUGUAGGUUUCUCAACAUUGCAUCCAAAACUAGAUGAACUUUUAACCAUGGACAUUGACAGAAAUACCAGUUCCUCGCUUUACCGUCGUCAUCGUCUAUUUAUCUUUUCUUAGAGAUGAAAAAGCCAUUUAUUAUAGAUUCGUAAUUAUACCUAUUUUUUAACUAAUAUAACGCUAUUCUAGAACGUCAUUUUUUAAACUCAGUGUGAGUUUCGAAUUUGUCUUUACCUCUCUCUGGUAUGGACAGUGACGAAUUCGAGACUCA